AUGGAGCUCGAUCCGGACUACACGUUUGUGCCUCUCGCACCGAGACAUUACAUGGGUAUCGAGAAUAAAAAUACCCAGCGUAACUUCAUGAAAUGGGGACUGCUGGGCAAUAUCAGCAUACAAGAUUUCUGUUUCAAUGAGCCGUUUCAACCGUACAACAAAUAUCACAUCGCCGAGCAAUUUUUCAAGGAUGAUAAAGUCGUGUCAAGUUUGCUGCUGAAAGAGGGAGAUGCAUGGAUCAAUAAAGGCAUCGCAGCUGCCACGGUGGAGAUCACGCCGGUGCCGUGCACUGUAUUCAACAUGAGCUUUUUCGAUAAAUUAACAAACCCUGAGAACGGCAUCUGCGGAGCGACUGGAAAUAUCCGCAAACAAUGCGACCUCGAGAUCGACAAUUUCAUCGUAUCCGACAAGCUCAGAUCGAUGAUACUCGACGAGGAUAGCUGCGAAUAUAAUUUAUUCAGCAGCGAGGAACGAGAAGAAUUUAUCUUUCGGCUUUUACAAUUAUUGGUUCUUGGCGGCGCGCUCUGCCAGUACGAGGACGAGGUGAAACCAUAUUUAGACACGAUAAAAAUAAUCUACAAAGAUCUCGUACGAGUACACAAGAAAGAGCUAAAUUACGAACUGUCGAUAGGUACGACUGUGUUGCAAGUCGUAGCGCGAGAUGCCCGAGGCGAGGCGUUCUUUCCAAGCGAACCGGAGCAACGGCAAAAUAUUGGAUUCCUCUUAAUAGAUGGCACAAAUCGACAGAUAACGACGCUUCUACAUCAGUUUGGUGCUUUUCAUUCUUGGUGA